UUAAUAGAGUGGACUAUCGGUUUUUUCUAAUCUAUUUUUCAUGUUGUGCAUGCAGGGUUUUUCAGAUGGCUACAAAUUUGAUGGUAAUAUUCAGCACAAGCAUAGGCAAAUUGGGAAUGCUGUCCCUCCUGCUCUGGCAUUUGCUUUGGGGAGUAAACUCGAGGAAGCGGUGGAAAGGAAAUGGUGAACCUAGUAAUAUCAUAGAGUUGAGUUCAUAUUGAUAUUGACAAAGAAUAUACACUUUAUCAUCAAAACGAUUGUGCAUUUAGAUCAAUCAGUGGAAAGGGUGAAAAGAAAUAUAAGGGCAGACGUUCCGACUAACCCUAGCUUCACUCCUUGAAAUGUGUUAUCAGGUGAGGAUUGGUAUCUGGGAAGCUGGGGCAUAUGGUGUGUCUGAAUCUCGGAAACAUGCAUUUAUAUGGGCAGCCUCUCCUGAAGAGACACCCCCAGAAUGGCCCGAACCAAUGCAUGUUUUUGCCGGUCCAGAGCUUAAAAUGUCAUUGAAUGGAAAGAACCAUUUCACUACUAUUCGAAGUACCUCAACUGGUGCUCCUUUCCAUGCAAUAACCGUAAGAGAUACAAUUGGAGAUCUCCCAGCUGUUAAAAAUGGGGCUUCAACAACUACUAUGGAGUACAAUGAUGAACCUGUGUCUUGGUUACAAAAGAAAAUCCGAGGAGAUACACUCGCCUUAACUGAUCAUAUAUCAAAAGAAAUGAAUGAGCUCAAUCUCAUUCGGUGCCAAAGAAUACCUAGACGUCCAGGUGCUGAUUGGCGUGACCUUCCUGAUCAAAAGGUCUGGGCUUGGGAAGCCAGCAGCGCAAUAUAGUCCAUGGUAUGAACC